CCUCCCCAGUUGUCACAGGGAAGUGACGACAGGCUGUUAGGGAUAGUCUGCAGUGUUACCGGCUUCAGCUGAGUCUGAUGUUGUCGGUAACAGUGAGGAUGGGUCAGCGGGUGCUAGCGGCCAGGUUACCGGGGAGCGCUGUCAGGGAGCUGCUCUGCAGCCGGAGAGACCCUGCUCCGCUGGGCAAGCUGCUCUCCCGCUCGGGGCCAGGGCCAGGGCCAGGGCCAGGGCCGGCGCUGCACCAGCGUUCGCCCGGGCGCCGCAUCGCCGCAAUAGCGGCGGCUCCUUACAGCAGCAGCAGCAGCAGCAGCGCCGUGGACAUGAGGAGCUACUUAUGGGCGAUGUACAAGGAGACCAAGAAAGUCAGCGAAGACCUGACCUUUACAGGAAGAUUGAAUUUUCUAAAUCCGGAUGGAAUAUUUGCUAACAACGAGGUCUGUCUCUCGGACAUUGAGAUUUAUGGCUUUGACUAUGACUAUACACUAGCCUUUUACUCCAGCAACUUGCACACGCUCAUCUUCAAUGCAGCACGGGAAAUUCUCAUCCAGCAGCAUAAAUAUCCUGAAGACCUGAGGAAGUAUGAUUACAAUCCCAACUUUGUGAUACGUGGACUUCAUUACGAUGUACAAAAGGGAAUAGUGAUGAAGAUUGAUGCCUUUCACUACAUUCAACUGGGAACCACAUACAGGGGACUCAGUCCAGUUCCAGACGAACAAAUCAUCGAAAUGUAUGAAGGGACCCAUGUUCCUCUGGAGCACAUGAGUGAUUUCUAUGGCAAGAGUUCUCAUGGCUUCACAAUGAAACAAUUCAUGGACAUAUUUUCACUGCCAGAGCUGACUCUGCUUUCCUGUGUCAAUGACUAUUUUAUCAAGCAGAACAUCGACUUUGAGCCAGUUUAUCUUUACAAGGAUGUUAAGGAGGUAAUCCGAGAUGUCCACGUUAAAGGAAUAUUGUAUGGAGCAGUUGAACAAGAUAUUGAUAAAUACAUAUCUCAUGAGGAGAAAACCAGUGCUGUUUUGGGAAGAUUGAUUGACAGUGGCAAGAAACUUUUCCUAAUAACAAACAGCCCUUUCAGUUUUGUUGAUAAAGGAAUGCAGUACAUGGUCGGCAAAGAUUGGCGAGACCUAUUUGACAUCAUCAUUGUUCAGGCUGAGAAGCCAGCUUUCUUCAACGAUAACCGAAGACCAUUCAGGAGAGCAAAUCAGAGAGAUAAAUUGCAUUGGGACAAAAUCAGCAAAUUAGAGAAAGGCAAGAUCUACAAACAGGGCAACCUGUACGAAUUUUUAAAGCUCACUGGAUGGACUGGCUCGAAGGUACUUUAUUUUGGGGAUCACAUUUACAGUGAUCUGGCUGAUCUGACCUUGAAGCAUGGCUGGAGAACAGGUGCAAUUAUUCCAGAGCUGCGAUCAGAGAUUAAAACCAUGAAUACAGACCAGUACAAUCGGGUAGUUGUGUGGUUGCAGGGUCUCACUGGGCUGCUUGAACGCAUGCAGAUUUACGAAGAUGCAGAGUCACGGAUGGUGCUACAAGAAUGGAUCAAGGAGAGGAAUGAGUUACGGGAAAUGACCAAGACCAUCUUUAACCCCCAGUUUGGGAGCAUUUUUAGAACCCACCAUAAUCCCACCUAUUUCUCCCGACGGCUCUCUCGUUUCGCUGAUAUAUACAUGGCAUCCCUGAGCUGCAUCUUGAGCUACAACCUGCACAACACAUUCUACCCUCGGAGAACGCCACUGCAGCAUGAAGCCUCACUCUGGUCAGACCAGAUUGGUGCCAGCCCAUCCAAGUCCCCCUAUAUCGAGGGGUUGGCUCAGAUUAAGUGAUGGCCGCAUGGACCCUUCUAACUGAGUCAUAAACUUCAGCCCAACACAAAACAGUUCAGAACUUUGCUUUAGUUAUUUUUGUGAGUCUCUCAUUGUAUCUGGGCUUUCAGUGGCUGUAGCGCUAAGCUACUGGCUAAACAUCGCUAGAGUGUGGUCAACUAGGCUUUCGUGUUGUUUUCCACAACGAGAGGGCAAAUCGUCGCCAAAAUGUCUCUUCCCACAGAGCGAUAACAUACUGUCUGUGGUUUUUGGUUGCCUGGGUAACACCAUGGCACGCAUUUGUGUGACGUGAUGAUGGGAGUGAAAGUGCUCACAGCCUCAAUAUUUGUUGAGAUACAGGCAAAGUCUAGCUGAUACAGACGAGAGAGAGGAGUAGAAAGAUUGGGGUUUGGAAGUGAAGAUUCCCUGGAUUCACUUGGCCCAGAACUCCUCUCUGAGUUCACUAGAUGUGCUUGUAAAGCAGAUUGCUAAGUGUUAGUACUGUGGGAGAAUUGAGGUUACUUAAUAUUUACAGCCAGGAAGUGUGCUUUAUUAUGAAAUGUUUCUGUAAACGUAAAGUAAAUACAUAGAGACUGACUUAAGGUUAGAACAUGCGCAAAAUGUACUUGCAAUAUUAACUCUGCUGUCUCUCUAAAGCGUGCUAGUCGUAGAUUAGCAAGUGCAGUAUUGGCAAAUCCCUUAUAAGGACAUCUUUGCCAACUCCGAGUUAGUCAGUAUUGAUAGAAUCAUUCCUGUCUUACAUCUGUGUGUUUUGUAUAUUAUUGGCUUGAUCUGUUCUGUAAGUCACAAGCUGUAUUUAUAUGUGAUAAAUGUUGUUCAAUAGGUUUCUGAAGCAAAUGCAUAAAAUGAUAAUUAGCAUCUAAGAGAACGGAUUGCCCACCGCUGAGAGAAAUGGUCAAAUAGGUGGCAUUUAAAAGUGAGGAGGGCAGUGAUAGGUGAAGGAGAUUAGGGAAGGGAAGGUCCCGACACUGGAAACUGUGUUGCUGAGUAGAGCUUGCUGGGAAGUUGAUGGGAUACGCACAGAGUUAGAGUCAGAGAGCAAGCUGAUGUGAAGUGCUGGCUUGAAAAUCAUUAACAUCUUGACAUUAGCCGUGUAAGACCUUGCAUUUGGUCAUUCUGUGGCCCGAUUGCUGAAACAUUUGCCACUGAUUUUCGAAUGUGGCUCCUCGUGUUAUCCCUUUAGUAUCAAGCUUUAUGCUGUGCAUAGUAUUCCUUCAGAAAUACACUUGAACAUAAUGUUUUAUUUACACUGUUACUGAUCUGGAGUGAGUAUUAAAAUAUAAUUGCAUCAUUACCAUCUACAGAAAUGUUUUGCAAAU